GGUCCAUUUUAUAAUUGGACAAUUAACUUAAUUUCUCAUUUCUAAUGUAUUUUAAUUUUAUAUUCGCUGUUUUCCUGUUAGUUAUCGUAAAAUGUGCCGAUUCGUUAAAUUUCUUAAAAACCAAUAAAUUCGACAGGAGUAAUUUAUUUUCAAGUGAUUUUAAAAAUUCCAGUACUAAAUCUGAUAAAUUUGACUUAUCGCAAAAAAAAUUAGCUGAAAAUAGUAUCUUUUCAAAGUGUGUUGGAAGGAAACUAAAAAGUUUUUUCUUCCUUCUCAAUGGCAGUCAAAACUUAAAGAAUUUUAAUGGAAGAAGAUGGUUUGGAUUAGAUUCUUCGAAGAUUUCGGUUGAAAUAAGGCCGGGUGUCGGAGGGAAAGAGUCGCUCAUAUGGGCCUCAGAACUCGCCAAGACUUAUAAAAAGUACUGUUUAAAGAAGGAUUGUGAUGUUGAUGAGCAGAAGCUUGGAACCACCAUUGUUCUAAAUAUUACCGGAGAAGAUCGUAAUUUUAGCCCGAAUACUGAGGGAUUGGAGGAUAGAUUCCUUAGAGAAGGAGGUGUACAUCAAGUUAAAAGAGUUCCAAUGACUGAAAAAUCUGGUAGAAUGCACUCAUCAACGGCAACAGUGGCAGUAUUGCCAAGUGAGAUGGCUAAGGGAAGGGGUACAAAUAACUUUGAGGACGUUUUAGAAGCGGUUGAGAUAAACCCCUCUGACAUUGAGUGGAAGACGUGCCGAGCAAGUGGCCCAGGAGGUCAAAACGUCAACAAAGUUGAAACUGCAGUUUCAUUAUAUCAUAAACCAACUGGAAUUAAAGUUGAAUGUAGUGAAGAGAGAUCACAAGGAAAGAAUAAGGAAUUGGCUUUGAAGAAGCUAAGAGAAGAAAUUGCAAGGAUUAGAAUUGAGGAAAUGUUCUCAGAGGCAAGAGUACGAAGAAAAUCUCAAAUUGAGAGCCCUAAGAGAUCGGAUAGGACUAGAACUUACUACUACAAUACGAACCAAAUCAUAGACCACCGCUGUGGCUGCAAGUUCAGCCUUGACUACUUCACCAAAUGUAGACUGGAUGAUAUCAUUUGUUCUCAUGUUUAACACCAUAAUCCCGAUUCCAAUUUCUUACACAUUUUCACAAUAUAGUUAUUCUAAUCUUAUACAAUCGACAA